GGUGUUUGACGUGGCGAUAAGGGGGGCCAAUGAGCUGCCUAUCUCCAGAUUACCAUUAGUCCAUUACCCGCCCUCUCAUCAAUAUCUUCAUCAUCUAUCGCGCCACCUCACCACACCAGCUUCUCCCGCUUCCAUCGUCUGGAUUUCAUUUUACUUCUGCCUCCUCCUUCGCCUGCACAGCCCAACCACAGAGCCGCUUUCUCCCAAAUCAAAUGGCCUUUACUUCUCAAGCCCACAACUACAACUACCUCUCUUCCCUUCACCUCUCAGAUGGAAUAGCUACAACAAGGAGCGGAAGAAGGAGAGCUCCAACAGUUGCAGUUCGUUGUAAGAUGGCAGGAACAACGACGGAGUACGAAGAGGGGCAGCUGGAAAUGCCCAAAUGGGCAGGCGAAACUCCCCUCUCUCGCCUAGUUGGUGCCAUGGUUUCCUUCAAGCCUCUCUACUCUCUUCUCAAGCUCGGCGCCCGGCAAGUCCUCAUCAGCACUGCCGAGAAGAAGAACAUUCAAUGGCGAGAAAUGACAAGGAAGAUUCUUCAAUCCGAUGUUCACAAGGAGAUGGACACCAUUCUCAACCCUUCCAUCCAGUACCCUGAUUAUUACCUAAGUCCUUUCCAUGCAUAUGAUGAGGGCAAUCUUUCAUGGCUGGCUGCAGCAGAGGCAGAACCAGCAACCAUGUCAAUGGUGUUCCGAGCGGUACCCACUGCUUCCUCCGUAGAGGAAGCAAACGAAAUCGUUCGUGGAAAUUGGCUCCGUGCUAUUGAGCAGCAGCAUCAGCAAUACUCCGACAAUUCGACGAUUAGGGACAUCCUCGAUGUUGGUUGCUCCGUAGGCGUCAGCACAAGAUUCCUUGCUGACAAGUUUCCUUCGGCAAAUGUGACAGUGAGUUAGACUUGUUCGAUGAAUUGGAUCAGUUCAUCAAACCUACCUUCGUGUUGUGUAAAUGUGUAUUGUGAUUGUAGACCAUCAAUCGACAUGGUUCCAGCUGCUUGUAAUGGCUGGCUCUAUGUAAAAUGCAUGCUGCAGGGGCUGGAUCUCUCGCCUUAUUUUCUCGCUGUAGCGCAAUUCAAGGAGAAGAACAGCGGGCACCCAAGAAAGAACAUAGUUGGAUGGAUCCAUGCUAAUGGAGAAAACACCGGCCUGCCUUCACAGUCAUUUGACGUUGUAUCCAUUUCUCUUGUGUUUCAUGAAUGCCCGGAAAGAGCAAUAGUUGCCAUAGUCAAUGAAGCAUUUAGGCUACUUCGACCCGGAGGAACCAUUGCACUGAUGGAUCAAGCGCCCAAGUCAAAGACCCUCCAGGAACUGUCGCCGGUUUUGUUCACGCUGUUGAAGAGCACCGAGCCAUAUCUAGACGAGUUCUAUCUGACUGAUCUAAAUGGAAGUCUGAAGGAAGCUGGAUUCAUCAACAUUCAAACUGUUCUCACUGACUCUAGACAUAUGACGAUGACAGCCACAGUGCCGCCUCGUUAGCAGGUAUUCUAUGUGUGAUUGUCAGGUUGCUCCCCCUCUCCAUUCGUGGGUUCUUGUUUCCAUCAUGGAAUGAUAAGCGGACUGUAUAGGGUUCACCAAACUGAUAUGGUACAAAGGACUGACCUUUUCUUUGUACUUGUUUGAUGUGCAUCAUUUUGGAAAGUUUUCAUGGUCUCUGAAUUGGAAGAAAUAGCGGUGGACAUAAUUAAUCAAAUUCGAGACAAAUUAGAGAUGACCGGUUUUUCUUUCUUAA